AAUGGCUUGGCAUUACAACUUCUCCUCCAUCUUAUUGUUUGCUUUUAUCUACUUUAUGCAUGACGACAUGAUAACUACUAUAACGGCACGUCGCCUUCUUCAGACCCCUAGUUUUUCAGCACCCGCUAAUCCUAGUUUUUCAACAUCCGCUGUCCCAAGUUUCUCGACGCCCACUACCCCUAGUUUCUCAUUGCCUGCUACCCCAAGUUUCUCCAAUUCCCCCGGUCUUUCAAAGCCUGAGAACCCUAGUUUUUCUAAACCUGAAACACCUAGUUUUUCAAAGCCAGAGAAUCCUAGUUUCUCUAAACCUCGAACACCAAGGUUCUCAAAGCCCGAGACUCCUAGUUUCUCAAAUUCCAAAAUUUCUAGUUUUACAAAUCCCGAGACCCCUAGUUUCUCAACGCCAACUACCCUAAGUUUCUCCAGUUCACCUAGUCUUUCAAAGCCUGAGGCCCCUAGUCUUGCAAAGCCUGACAUCCCUAGUUUUUCAAAACCUAAAACACCUAGUUUCUCAAAACCUGAAACACCUAGUUUCUCAAAGUCUAAGUCACCUAGCUUUUCAAAACCUGAAACCCCUACUUUCUCAAAACCAGAGAUUCCUACUUUUUCAAAGCCUGAGACUCCUAGUUUCUCAAAGCCAGAAAAUCCUAGUUUCUCAAACCCUAAGACACCUAGUUUCUCAAAUCCUGAGACACCUAGUUUUUCCAAACCUGAAAUCCCUAGUUUCUCAAAACCUGAGGCUCCUAGUUUCUCAAAGUCAGAAACUCUUAGUUUCUCAAAGCCUGAGACACCUGUCUCAAAGCUUCAGACACCUAGUUUUUUAAAACCUGAGACCCUUACUUUUUCAAAGCCCGAGACCCCUAGUUUUUCAAAACCCGAGACUCCUAGUUUCUCAAAGCCUGAGACUCCUAGUUUUUCAAAACUUGAUACCCCUAGUUCUCCAAAGCCUGAGACUCCUACUUUUUCCAAGCCUGAAACUCUUAUUUUCUCAAAGCCCAAGACUCCAAGUUUCUCUGAGCCCAAGACCCCUGGUUCACCAAAAUCUGAGAAUCCUACCUUCUCAAAGCCUGAGAACCCUAUUUUUUCAAUGACCAAGACUCCUACUUCCCCAAAGCCCGAUACCCCUACUUUAUCGAAGCCUGAGACUCCUACUUUCUUUAAGCCUAAGACUCCUACUUUAUCAAAACCUGAGAUUCCAAGUUUUUCAAAAUCCGAGACCCCUAGUUCUACAAAACCCAAGAUUUCUAGUUUUUCAAAGCCUGAGAAACCUAAUUCCCUAAAGCCAGAGACCCCUGAUUCUCAAAAGCUCGAGACCCCUAGUUUUUCAAAGCCUAAAAUCCCUAGUUUCUCAGAAUCUGAGACUCCUACUUUUUCAAAGCCCGGGACUCUGAGUUCCCCAAAGUUAGAUACUCCUACUUCUUUAAAGCCAGAAAUUCCAAGUUCUUCGAAGCCUGAGACCCCUAGUUUCACAAAGCUCGAGACCUCUAGCUUCCAAAAGCUCGAGACUCCUAGUUUCUCAAAGCCUGAGACUUCAAGCUCCGCAAAAUCUGAGACUCCCAGUUUUUCAAAACCCGAGACUCCGAGUUCCCCAAAGUCUGAGAACCCUACUUUCACAAAGCCUGAAAUGGAAAGUUCUCCAAGCCCCAAGACACAAGAUUCCCCAAAGCCUAAGACCCCUAGUUUCUCAAAGCCUGAGACACCUAGCUUUUCAAAGCCUAAGACUCCUAGUUUCUCAAAGCCUAAUACUCCAAAUUCCUCGAAGCCUAAGGCACCAAGUUCCCCAACGCCCGAGAUGUCAAGUUUCUCAAAGCCCAAGGCUCCUAGUUUAUCAAAACCUGACACUCCAAGUUCUCCAAGUCCCUCAAGUUCCCUAAAGCCUGAACCUCCUAGUUUUUCAAAGUCCGAGACUCCAAGUUCCCUGAAGCUCGAGACCCCUAGUUUCUCAAAGACCGAGACUCCUAGUUUUUCAAAGCCCGAGAUUCCAACUUCUCCUAAGCACGAGAUUCCUAGUUUCUCAAAGCCCGAGACUUCAAGUUCCCCGAAUCCCAAGACUCCUAUUUUUUCAAAACCUGAGACGCCAAGCUCCCUAAAUCUCGAGACACCAAGUUCCACAAAGUCCGAUACUCCAAGUUCCCUAAAGCCCGCGACCCCAAGCUCCCAAAAGCCCGAGACGCCAAGUUCCCCAAAGCCCGAGACACCAAGAUCUCCAAAGCCCGAGACGCCAAGUUCCGCAAAGUUCGAGAUGCUAAGCUCCCCAAAGCUCGAGACUCCAAGUUCCCCAAAGACCGAGACCCCAAGUUCCCCAAAAUCUGACACGCCAAGCUUUCCAAAGCCCGAGAUGCCAAGCUCCCCAAAGCAUGACACCUCAAGUUUCGAGACUCCAAGUUUUCCAAAAUCCGAAACUCCUAGUUCCCAAAAGCCCGACACACCAAGUUCUUCAAAUUUCGAGAUGCCAAGUUCGCCGAAGCAUGAGACCCCAAGUUCUCCAAAUUUUAAGACUCCUAGUUUCUCAGAGCCAGAUAUACCUGGUUUCUUAAAACCCAAAAAAUCUAAUUCUUCAAAGCUUGAUAUUCCAGUAGCCCCAGCAGCAGCCCCAGAAUCUGAAACUCCAACUGUUUCUUGGCCUGAAAAACCAAGUGUACCAAACCGUAAGCUACCAACUACUCCAAAAUCAGAGAUCCCAACAUUUACAAAGCCUGAAUUACCUGUUAUUUUAGGUCCUGAAAUUCCAAGUAUAUUAAAGACAGAAAUACCAAAACCUUCUAAACAAACAUUAUCAACUUCUCCCUAAGUAACUAUGGUGUUAUUCAUGUGUCAUGACUUGUGUUGGCUAGCUAACAGAGUAUUAGAUCGCAUAUAAAUGAGUUGAAAAUGGGUUAGAUGCGAAUAGAUAAUUUUUGAUUUGUCAUGUGAAUAAAAAUGAGUUGAAUGAUGGAUGAUUUUUGUAUCCACAUAUUAUUUAUUCAUAAAUUGUACAA